AACAGAUCCUGUAGAAUAUUCUCAUAUUACUGAAAGUAUCUUAGGUAUCAUAAAGAAUCAUUCAAACACAUCAAAAUGUCUUCUUGGAAAAAAGCUGGUUUCUCAUUUAACAAAUAUCUUGCUAUUUCUGCUGAAACUCUUCGUUCAGUUCUUAAGCAAGAUUUGAAAGCUGAAGCUACACGUCGUGGUUUGACUGAAGCCAGAGCUACCAAAUAUUCUGGUGGUUUUCCAGCUGAAACAAAACCAUUAUCACUUUCAAAAUAAUUUGAUA